UCAUUCCAUUUCUGGCUUAAAAAUUGUGUCUGUCUACUCUUGCAUGACAUUGUUUCACGUGGGUGCGGUCGCAAGUGAUACCAUUCUUACCAAGUUUUCGAGUUUUAAUUGAAACUACUAAGAACUUUGCAUCUGUGCAGUUGCAGAGCUCUUGGACUAGUGUGAAAUAACCGGUUUUCGUUUUGAUAGUUUUUGUUUGGAGUUUAAAUAAUGGAAAUUACGUGUUGAUUUUAAAUUGAUUAGGUUUUUUAUUUAAAUUUCAUACACAAACAAUGACAAAUAUAAUGUCUUGGAUCUCAUUACUGUGUGUAUCUGUUGUUCUAGUCAACUGUCAGGACCCAAUAACAUAUACCUGUCCACAAGGUUGGAAUGUGAAGGGUAUAUCAUGUUACAAAUUGUUUGGCGUGGCCGAUACGGAAAGACAAACUUGGGAGAAUGCAUUACGGAUUUGUCAAGGGGAAGGUUCACAUUUAGUGACCAUCAAAGAUUUUUAUGACAAUGAAGAAGUUGGACAAUUUGUAUCACAACAGGCUUCUGGUACUUCUGCAGUAUGGCUAGGAAUGAACCGUAUUGGUAUCUCAGACACAAAUGAUGUUUCUGUGAGAUGGAAUUCUGUGACAGGACCAAUCUCUGGCUCAAAGUAUGAAGGAAGAUGGGCUGACCAAAGUCCAGAUGUUACAAAUGGAGACUGUGCCUAUUUGACCAUAAGUAAUGGACAAUACAAAUGGCAGUUUGGACGAUGUGAACAGAAAUUAGCUUUUGUAUGUGAACGAAGCUCAUGUCCUGCAGGUGGUCAAGCCGGCAACUUUUUCUGUAACAACGGUAAAUGUAUUAGUAACAGAUGGAAAUGUGACGGGGAGGAUGAUUGUGGAGAUUAUUCUGAUGAAAUAGAUUGUGGCAAUAAGUGUCAUACAGUUUUGACAGUACCAUCAGGAACCAUAAGAUCAAGUAACUAUCCUAAUCCAUAUACAUCUUCAUCGGUCUGUCUGUGGACCAUCAUGGGAAGAGAAGGAACCAAUAUUCUGCUGGAGGUUGAGGUUUUCAAUACAGAGAAGAAUGCUGAUGUAGUGGACAUCUUGGUAGGUGGCAAAACAGAAGCCACUGCCACAGCCAUAGCUAGACUAUCUGGAAGUUUGACAGGAACUCAUCGCUACCGUAGUUACAAUAAUUAUCUGAUAGUUAGGUUCAUCACUGAUUCAAGCAGUGAGAAGACAGGAUUUUCCCUUAAGUUUCAAAGCCUUGAUGAUGGUACUGCUUCUUCAUUGCCAAUAACCGCAAUGGACACUGUCUCUACAUUAACUCCACCUUUGUUUCCGGCCGCUAUUGCAACAGCAUAUUUAGGAAGCCAGGACUAUGUGUGGAUAAUAACAGCUCAGAAUACCAAAAAAAUAGUCACCAUUGAGAGACUAUCAAUUGAAUUGUAUAUGGGUGAUUUUAUCAACAUCCAUGAUGGAGAUUCAGCCACAGACCCAAUGUUAGCUUCAUACACCUCAAGUAAUAAUGACAAUACUCCUAUGGAUCCUAGUGCUAAUGAACCUCAGACAGGGCCUCGGAUAAUAUCAUCAACUGGUAGACAUAUGUAUAUUAUAUUGAGAACACACAUGAGUACAGCAGGGAUUGGAUUCCGUUUUAGUUACUGGCAAGGCUGUGAGGUUACCUUGACUACAGAGACAGGUGAAAUUUACUCACCUGGAUACAAGAAAUCAAUUAAUUAUGCUAAUUAUCAGACAUGUUCCUGGAAACUAGAGAUACCGAGUGGUAAAGGUGUUACAUUAUUUUUCUCAACUGGUGCAGUGUUAGAAGAUAAUAAAGAUUAUUUACAGGUGUACACUGAAAGUACUGAUAGCACAGGGACCGCUGUCCACAGUGGAAGUGGUUUUAAUACUGCUUCAUUUAAUUCCAACCCAAUUAUUUACUCAUCUAAUGGAAAAAUGUACUUCAAGCUUACUACAGACUCUGUAGUCAACAAGAAAGGGUUCUAUGGUGUUUAUAGUGUCGAUUGUCCAGAUCCUAUGUUUAAUAACGACACCACUGUGAUUGGUCCAAUGAACUGGAGAUAUCGUGAUAGUAUAACUGUGUCAUGUAAACAAGGAUAUUCAUUUGCAGCGGAUAUGUUUACACAAAGUUCGGUUCAGUUAACAUGUCAGUAUGGUGGUACCUGGAGUCGAACCAUCCCCAGGUGUCAACCUGUAUAUUGUGGACUACCACCCGCUGUUACCAAUGGAUAUUACUUUAACUCUACUGGAGUAGUGUAUGAAGAAGAGGUCCAAUAUGAAUGUUUUCCAGGAUUUAAUAUGAUAUCUAAUUCAGUAGUAAAAUGUCAAUCAUCUAAGCAGUGGACAAACCAACCUUCAUGUCAAGGAGCAGUGUGUCCUACAGCAACUCAAGUACUGAAUGCUCAGAGAACAAUUGUGUCUGGUGACCUUACAUCAUAUGCUUCUAUCAUAAGAUAUGACUGUAAUGAUGGAUAUGAAUUAGUUGGUGAACCCAUUUUAUUUUGUCAAUCAGACAACCAGUGGUCAGCUAGUUUACCAUCAUGUAUAAAACUACGCUGUCCUUUGCCAAAAAUCAUGAAUGGUCAACUUUCGCAAUCUACAUUCCCACAGUACGAGGAGCCGAUUUCUGUUACAUGUGAUCAGGGAUACAGUAUAAAUGGAACAGCUAAUCUCGUUUGUAAUGAAAACCAGACGUUUGGAGAUUUACCAACAUGUGACAAUAUUGAUGAGUGUACUGGAUCACCAUGUGCUCAGAAUUGCCAUGACAACAUCGGUAGUUUUAUAUGCUCCUGUAAUUCCGGGUAUUUCCUGAAUCCAGAUAAAAGAACUUGCGGCGAUGUAUUGGAAUGUGACAUGGCAAACCGUGGAGGAUGUGAUCAUACAUGUACUGACGUACCAGGAGGAUACCAGUGUAGCUGUAAUACAGGCUAUGAACUCUUUACCAAAGAUGGCACUGCAAACUUCACCCUUCAUAUCCCUGAGAAUGGUGAACUAGAGGGGGAUGUAAAAUACCUCAAUCAUACAUGUGUCCGUCGACUUUGUCCAGAUCCACAAUCCAUAGACAAUGGCAUCCUUCUGACACAUCGACAAGAUCAUCACUUUGGUGAUACUGUAGAAUAUUCCUGUAACCUUGGUUACACAACAUCCAAUGCUAAAUUGUUUACAUGUGACAGUAAUGGACAGUGGUCACCGUCAGUUUUUCCAACAUGUCAAGCUGUUGUUUGCCCCGUGGACAACUAUAAUUCUCUCAGCUUGACCAAUGGUCCAAAUUCUGUUAGUCCUACAACUAAUGUUCCAUUUGGAGACAUGCUGACCAUUAACUGUGAAGUAAAUGGUAAAACAGACUUUACCAAGGAAAGGAAAUGUAUCUACAACAUGACAUCAAAUUCUUACUAUCUAUAUGGCAAUGAUUAUGAAUGUGGAGUUAUUGAUUGUGGAAGUCCUGGAACCGUUCUUGGAGCCAAUUUCCUAACACCUGCAAAUACAAGAUAUGGGGGAAAAUUCACAUUCUCAUGUUCCACUUUGUACAGUGUUAGAGGUAAAAGUACAAAUGGAGCAACAGACACAGAGGUCAACUGUGAAGCAGACGGUCACUGGGAUCUAGGAAGUUUACAGUGUGUAGGAACAAAGUGUGAAGACCCAGGAUAUCCUGCAGGUGGCUCUUUAACCAUUAAUGGCUUUGAUCAAAAUGGUUAUGUGACAUUUAACUGUGGUAGACCUGGUUAUGAGCCAAACAGAGAUUCUGGUAUUGAAUGCCAGUUGAACCAGUUUAAUAAUGCACUAAAAUGGAAUGAUACAGUACCUGAUUGUAUUGAUGUAACUAAACCUGCGUUUUUAAACUGUCCACAAGAUAUGAUUGUUAAUGCUUACACUAAUCCUUCGUUUUUGAAUCCAUCCGUUUCUGAUAACUCUGGUGGAAUCAAGGAAUUUACAGUGGUACCGGAGAAUGCCAAUACAACAAUGACAAUAGAAAGAGCAGAACAGACAGUAACUUACAGGGUCAUUGACCAUGCUGAUAAUGAAGAGACUUGUAGCUUUAAAAUAACUGUCAAAGAUGAGGAACCUCCAAGAAUCACCAAUUGUCCUUCCAGCAGGAUGGAAUAUGUUUCAGCCCCAGGAGAAACAAGGACAAUCACAACAGUAGAUCCUGCUUCAAUAAGUGCUCAAGAUAAUGAUGGUGGGGCUAUUGUGCCCUCUGUGUUUCCUCCCACCUUCACAGUUAAUGCUAACCAACUUGGACAUCAGGAGGUAACUGUGACAGCAUCUGAUCAAGCUGGCAAUUCUGAUGUUUGUACUUUUGAUAUUGAUGUACAAGCAUCAACAUGUUCUCCAUACAAUAUUCCAACCCCACAGCAUGGUAGUAAAUCUUGUAUUCCAAAGACUGGAGACACCGGCUAUGAAUGCAAUAUAACAUGUAGUUCAGGGUAUUAUAUGUAUGACUACCCCGACCAGAGUCUAGUUUCCAUGGAAUGUGAUAAUGGUGGUGGCUGGAAUCGACCAAUCAUAUCUGCUUGUACUCAAGCAAAUGUCAGAGCACAGUAUUCUGAAAUCUAUACAGUACAAUACAAUGCCCCUAGUAAUAUACCAAGUAGCUGUAAAGAUCAAUACCGUGGCAAGAUUGCAGGACAGAUUACAGCAUCACAAGCCAAGUUACUAUCGCUGUGCACCGCAGCUGUUGACACAAACAUGAUAGUUGGCUUGACUGUGGAUGAAACAUCAAUUAACAUUAACAGCAAUGUGAUGGAUGUUACUUUUAUUGUAACCAUGGGACCUAAUACAUUUACAGUUGCACAGUUCAAAGAAUGUUCUGGCUACAAUAAAGCUACCUUUCAAAUUGUAAGCUUCCCGAUCCUCCAAAAUAUAGUUAGUGUGUCAGGAUGUCCAGAUCUAGUUGGAACAUGGAAUCCACCUCCAAACUUCAGUGGAAGUUUUCAGUGUACUAAUCAAAGAAAAUUGGUAGAAUUAAGUGGAGUAACGUACUGUUUGGCUUGCCCUGAGGGAACAUACACUACAGGUCCAGGAACAUGUGACUUGUGUCAAGAGGGAACCUAUAACCUAGCAGUGGGUGCUACGCAAUGUACAGACUGUACAGUUGGCUCAACUACAUAUGGAAAAGGAAAUAUUUAUGCUUCUUCCUGUCAGAGAGCUAAAUGUCGUGCAGGCUUUUACUCAUCAACAGGAUUUUCACCUUGCACCCAGUGUCCAAGAGAUACAUACUCUGUAAAUAAUAGCACUCAUUGUACAGGCUGCCCAACUGAUACCAUCACAUACAGAACAGGUUCAGUUAAGCUAGCUGAUUGUCAUGCUAAAUGUCCUGUAGGCCAGUUCAGUUAUAAUGGUUAUGCACCAAACUGUCGGCCAUGUCCUCAGAAUUACUACCAGUCGAGUACUGGUUCAACCCUCUGUACUCGUUGUAAUGUGGAUAAGAUCACACUGAGUACUGGUUCAGAUGAUGUAACUGAUUGUGUUGAUGCAGCAACCCAACUAUGUACUGCUAAUAGAUGUUUCAAUGGAGGCACCUGUUUGAUAAGAAAUAAUGGAUUUUAUUGCCAAUGUACUGCAGGAUAUUAUGGACAAACAUGUGGAGCUGUAGUUAACCACUGUUCCUCAACACCUUGUUACAAUAAUGGUGCUUGUUCCAGUUCUCCAACAGGAUAUAGUUGUACAUGUCCUCCUGGCACAACAGGAGCUAGAUGUGAGACUGACAUCGAUACUGAAUGUCAGACAAAUCCUUGUCAAAAUGGUGGAGUCUGCUUAAAUAGAAUCCAGGACUAUCUCUGUGUUUGUCCUGUGACAUUUACAGGAAAAAAUUGCAUUGGACAGUCCAAUAUAUGCCUGGAUAAGCCAUGUCUUAAUAAUGGUGCAUGUACAAGCUAUGAUAAUGUCCGCAGGAAGUGUACCUGCAAUGCUGGUUAUACUGGGGACGAUUGUAGUGUAAAUAUUCAGGAAUGUGAUUCUAAUCCAUGUUAUAAUGAUGCAACAUGUGAGGACAGAGUAAAUGGAUAUUUCUGUCAAUGUAAGAAUGGUUAUUCUGGUACCCGAUGUGAAGUUCGUACCAGUCCAUGUGUCAAUUGUAAUGGUGGAACAUGUGUAGAUGAUUAUAGAACAGACUCCUAUAGAUGUGUCUGUAACGAAGGGCUUUCUAAUGGAGAUUUAUGCCAUUAUGAACUCCAUGUGAAUACUGUUCCAUCACUGAGUAAUUCACAACAGCAAACAAAAGAUACUAUUGACGAUUGUAUGGCUGUAUGUGGUACAAACAAGGAUGCAUGUCGUGGUGUUGUUUACAAGUCCAGUGAGAAAUUAUGUCACAUCUUCUUUAACUCACUCCCAACAGACAGAACUAUUGAUACUAACUACAAUUUAUAUGUAAAGACUUGCAUCAGACCAACAGAUGAUUUUUACACCCCCUGGUUUAACAUUGACAGUCCAGAUACAGGAAAUGGUGACAAUGAAAGACGAACAUCAUUAACAACAUAUGGUGUUAAUCUAUGCAGUGGUACAGAACCUGUAGGAGCCGAAUGUCGUGUAUUUAACAAAACAUUGACUUUCGAUUACCAAACUGGAGAUACUUUAUCAUUAUCAUGUAGUACUAAUGGUUUAGAAUGUACCAAUAGUGGCAAUAAUGGCUGUGAAGAUUAUGAAGUGCGCUAUAGAUGUAGUGCAAAUGAAGUCUUUAAAGGAAGACAGUGCACCAACCAGAAUUACUGUAACAAUUACCCUAACCCAUGUCAGAAUAGUGGAAACUGUGUCAAUAUACUGGGUGGGUUCAGAUGUAACUGUCCAAACGGCUAUACUGGUUCCCUGUGUCAACAUAACAUUGAUAACUGUCCAACCAAUAACCCUUGUCAGAAUGGAGGUACAUGCAGGGAUUUAUUGAACAGCUAUCAGUGUGACUGUCCUGAUGGAUUUGAUGGUUCCAUUUGUCAGGACAACAUCCAGGAUUGUCUUUCUAGUCCAUGUACUUUCCCAGGAACAAAUAGAUGUGUGGAUGGUGUAAAUGACUUCAUGUGUGAAUGUCGAGCUGGUUACACAGGCAGAAACUGUUCAAUUGACAUAGAUGAAUGUGCUAGUAACCCUUGUCUCCAUGGAGGUACAUGUCAGAAUGGCGUAGCCAGUUUCAUGUGCACAUGUCUAGAUGGUUGGUCAGGUGACAGAUGUCAAGAUAUUGUAGACAAAUGUUAUUUGUCCAGUCCUUGUCCAGCAUCAUCUAACUGUUCUUUCCUGUUUAAUGAUUACUAUUGCAACUGUCCUAUGAACACUUACGGAAAGCAUUGUGAGAAUGCUCCAGAUAUAUGUCGGGAUGUUAAUCCUUGUCGUAACAGUGGACAGUGUGUUACAGGAGCACCCCCAACCUGUAACUGUAAUGGCAAUUUCAAGGGAACUGGGUGUGAGACAUUAAUAGAUCACUGUGCUAUUUCUAACCAAUGUCAAAAUGGUGGCACAUGUCAAACAUUAACCAAUGGAAUUGGGUUCCAAUGUCAGUGUCCUCCGGGAUAUGAUGGAAGUAACUGUGAGAACAAUAUCAAUAACUGUGCAGGGAUCACAUGUCCAUCAGCCUCCACAUGUGUGGACGUUGUCAAUGGUUACCACUGUAGAUGUAACCUUGGUCUAACUGGUGAAGGUUGUUCUAGAGCAUUAGACACCAACUAUGAUAUGUUCUUCUACCUACCAACACGUAAUGGUUACUCUGCUCUGCCAUACCCGAUUAAUCUUGCUGCAACCAGUUUUUCUAUCAGUAUGUGGGUUCGGUUCUAUGAGAGCGGUAAAGACGAGACAUAUUUCACUCUUUAUUCUGUGGAUUCCAUGGAUAGUUUAGAUAAUCCCAAGCCGAUUGUAGAAUUUGACAGUAAUGGUGUCAAUGUUUAUACACUUGCUGGAGUUAAAUCUACAAUUACACAGUCGAACCAGCAGGUAGACGAUGGAGACUGGCAUAAUGUAGUAUUUUCAUGGACCAAUGAAACAGGUGGAAAUUAUUACAUAGACAGUAUUGGACAAGGAAGUGAUACUUCUAUGUACAGUGGAUUUACAUUUGAUCAUAAUGUUUGGAUAGUCCUUGGUGGUAAACUGGAUACUACAACAAAAAUGCCACUUGAUAACCAGGGUUUCAGAGGAUACGUUAGUCAGUUGAAUAUUUAUAACCGAGCUUUAGAUUUCAACUCUGAAAUCCCUGAUACUUUAACAUCCCCUAGAGUUGCUUACUCUGGCACCAUACUUCGCUGGAAUGAGUUUGUGUAUUACAAGGGAGUACAGCCUGUUUAUCCAUCCCGUGCCUCUACAGAUGGAUGUGCUGUGGGUACUAGCUGUGUUAAACAUGACAAAACCCCACCAUCUAUUUCUAAUUGUCCAUCAGACUUGUACGAAUACAGUCAAGAUAGAUUUACCACAGUCUCCUGGACAGAACCUACAUUCCAAGGAGCCAGUACUAUCAAGAGGAAAUAUAUACCAGGAGUUACAUUCCUGUGGGGUAAAUACCAGAUGACAUAUGAAGCCAUUGAUGAUGAGUCUAAUUCACAGUUCUGUAACUUUAACAUCUAUGUUCAAUCUCACCAAUGUCCUGAACCUGAGGAUCCAUGGGGAGGUGAUCAGUCUUGCAACAGUAAUUAUAAUCCAUAUACAGGCUGUUCCAUUUCCUGCAAUUCUAACAGCGAAAAGAUAUCUCGCCUCCAUCCAAAUCUGUACACAUGUGGACCAUCCGGUAGCAUAAACCCAACAACAAGAUUUAUUCCAUUCAGAUAUCCACCAUGUGGUCCUGUAACAGGACAAGCUAAGAGAAUGCUCGUAAUCGUGAUUUCCUAUCCACAAGUAUCAACAACAAACUGUGAUGGUGUGAAGACCUCAGUAACAUCUGGUGUGUUGGCUGCUAUCAUUAACAUUCAUAAUACAUGGGGAAGUAAACUGUGUUCUACCAGUGACUGUUCUAAUAUCACAAUUGUUGUCAACUGUGGGGUGAAUGUAGGCAGACGAAGGAGAGCCAUUAGUGCUACUAAUGUUCAGAUUACAAUACCACAAUCAGAUAAAGAUCUAACAUCAGGCACAGAAACAUUACCAGCUGAAGAUGUCAUUACCAGAGCAGUUUUGGAAAGUCCAGCUUUUGACUUCUCAAGUAUGAUUCCCAAAGGAACUUUAGAUCCUAAUGGAUUUGUUGUAACAUCUACUGAAUCUUGUGCUGAUACAGAGACCGUUAUAGACGGGACUUGUGUCAAAUGUGGUCCUGGAACAUACUGGGUGGCUGCAACAAAGAUUUGUAUGGACUGUCCAAUUGGUCAGUAUACAGAUCUGGAUGGACAAAGAGAAUGUUUGUCAUGUGACCCUGGAUUUACAACACAGACCACAGGAACAUAUACUAAAACCAAGUGUUAUAACUCCUGUCCAGCUGGUCAGUAUUUCAAUAUGACAAAUUCACAGUGCUCAGACUGUCCAGUAGGUUAUUACCAACAAAGUACAGGGCAGUUUUAUUGUGAUUGGUGUGGAUUAGGACAAACCACCAGAGACCCUGCCUCAUUGUCAUCAGCUUCAUGUUAUGAUGAAUGUCCAUCUGGCAAAGAAUUAUCUCAGAAUGGCAACUGUGUGGACUGUGCUGUAGGUACUUACAGAACAUCAGGUGUACAUUCCAGCUGUAUAUCUUGUCAACUUGGAUUUACUACACUGAGUACAGGUUCUACUGUACAAGGAGAAUGUAAUAUCAAGGCUUGUGAAGCUGGAUACAAACGUGUUGGUACCAGUACAUGUGAGAAAUGUCCAAUUGGUGAAUACCAGCCACAGAAAUGGCAGACGUCAUGUUUGUCAUGUGGUGGAGCUCGUUACAGAACUGACCAGGAGGCUUCUACAUCCCAAGAUGAAUGCAAAUUUUUCUGUGAGUCUGGAUACCAGAACAACUCUAUGACUUGUGAGCCCUGUGAGAUUGGAUACUACAAGGACAACAGUGUAAACAUUUAUGCACAAUGUAUACAGUGUCCUCAAAAUAAAAAGACGCCAUCAACAGGAUCAACCUCGGCCACCGAUUGUUCUAUCUUUAGUUGUGCUGCUGGAUAUAAAUCAAACCAAGGCGGUUCACAGUGUGAUAAAUGUGCUACAGGGCAAUACCAACCACUUCCAGACCAGACUACCUGUAUUAAUUGUAAUGCUGGAACAUGGACAGAAGAUGAUGCCUCAACCUCAGUUACACAGUGCAUAAAUUAUUGUCCUGAGGGACAGGAAAGGAUGGACAAUGGAAAUUGUGUUGAUUGUGAGAUUGGCUUCUAUAAACAUAAUACCAACGAUCGCUUUAUGAAUUGCACUGCUUGUCCAUCUGAUUAUGUAACUCCAGGGAAGAAAUCAACAAGUUCACAACAAUGUACAGUUAGGAAUUGUCAAGCUGGAUCUAGUAGAAACAGUGGUGACACUGGAUGUGACACAUGUGUUCGAGGAACUUAUCAGGACCUUCACUACCAGACUUCAUGUAAAGAUUGUCCAACUAACACAUAUACCAGACAGACUGGAUCAAUCAGCCAAACACAGUGUGAAACUUAUUGUACCGCUGGUGAAGAAAAAGAUAGCCAGGGUAACUGUGUAAAAUGUGAUAGAGGCUACUUCAAGGACAAUAACAUAGAUUUAUUCUCUGAGUGUACAUUGUGUCCAUUAGACCGUAUCACUCCAUCGAUUGGAACUCCAUCACAAUCACAGUGUACUGUGGGUAACUGUACAGCUGGAUACAAGAUAGUUGGUACUGGAUGUGAGAUUUGUCCUGCUGGUACAUACCAGAGUAAUAAAUGGGAGACUGAUUGUGAUAGCUGUCCUUCACAGAAAACUACCACUCUUCCUGGGGCUACAUCAUCUAAUGAUUGUAUAUUGAGUUGUGAUCCAGGAUAUGAAGAUGUAAAUGGUCAGUGUGUCAAAUGUCAGAUUGGGUAUUAUAAAAUUGAGAAGAAAGCCAGUAGUUGUACAAAAUGCCCAACUGGAUUCAUUACUGCUAGUACUGGAUCUACCAAUCAGAAUGCAUGUAAUGUUCCUGACUGUCAAGCUGGAUACAAACUUGUCAACAAUCAGUGUGAAGUGUGUGGAUACGACCAUUACCAACCACAGAAGCAGCAGACAACCUGUAUAUCUUGUUUGAAUGGAUAUACAACAUUCACUCUUCAAACAGCCACACAAAUAUCAGAUUGUAAAGUUAAUUGUGGAAGUGGAACUGAGAUCAAUCCUAACUAUACUCCAGGAGGCUCUAAUACUGGUAUCCAGUCAUGUCAGAGCUGUUUGAGAGGAUAUUACAGAGAUAGUACCAAUCGGGCAACCAUGGAAUGUCAAAUGUGUCCAAUUGAUUUCAUUACACCUCUUAAUCAACCUGGUACUUCCUCCUCAGACUGCACUGUCAGGAAUUGCACUACACCAGGCCAGUAUAGGAACACAGCGAACAACAUUUGUACACCUUGUCCUAUAGGGCAAUAUAAUAGUGAUAAAUGGCAAGACAGUUGUACAGACUGUACUCAAGGUUAUACUACUCAAUCUCCAGGGGCAACAGACUCAAGUAGUUGUAUACGUGACUGUGCUUCUGGUCAAGAAGGUAUAGGAGCUCAGUGUGUUGCCUGUCCUAAGGGCAAGUAUCGUAACAAAGCUACCGAUGGCUUAUUAUGUGUGGCUUGUCCAUCUGGAUAUACAACUCCUGGUGUCGGCUCAAUAUCAAACGCAGCAUGCAGUCAGUCCCCUUGUCUAGUUGGACAAAGACUGAAUACUGCCACUGGUAACUGUGACCUAUGUCCUUUGAAUUACUAUCAGGAUUUGACAGGUCAGUUCUCCUGUAAGGUAUGCCCUGAUGGCAAGUACACAGACCAGCCUGCAUCUACAAGAUUGGCAGAUUGUAAGAGUUAUUGUGAUACUCCUAGUAAAAACAAUUGCACUGCAAAUUCUCUGUGUCAAGAUGACGUCAACGAUGGAUUCAAAUGUUCAUGUCUGGCUAACUACCAGGAACAGAAUAAUGUCUGCACACACAAGUGUGAUGCUAGCUAUUGUGUGAGAGGUACAUGUAACAGAAAUCCAGUAUCCUGCUCCUGUCCAGAGGACUACACUGGAGCAAGAUGUGAAACUCGCAAAUCCACAACAGGAUUGAGUCAGACAGAGAAGAUUAUAGCUGGAUCUGUUGCUGGGGGUGUGGCACUACUUAUCAUCAUAGUUGUUAUUGUAUGCUGCUGUUCAUUAGUAGCAAGAAAAGGAUCUUCUUCAAGGAGAUCAGUUUACAAAGAACCAGAGAGGUACCAUGACUAUGACAAAGCUAGUUUGUAUACUUCUAAUAAUACUCCACGACAGCCGAUUCUGUACGAUACAGGAUCAAGGUAUAAUACUGGACCUAGGAUGUUAAUGUAUAGAGAUCCAUCACCGUCCCCUUACUAUGGACAACAUGGUAUGCAGCAGUUACCAGAGAUAACAUACGAUAACAGAGGAUUUGAAGGAUUAAUGUGGCAACCAGAUGGUAGAAUGAUAUUAGACGCAGGAGGUGAUCCAGCAGUAUACAAAUCCAAGGCAUAAAAGAAAAGGAAAUAUUUAGUAUGAAAGAAGAAUAAAAGAUAUUAUAGUGUCAAAAACAUUGUGUCAUUCUACAGAACAUUCCAGUCUGAAGUUUAUUAAUAGAUAUAUUGAAGCUUAUUUGUUAUAGAUGGACAUAUUCUACCUCUGUUUUAUAUAAAGUAUGAACAUUGUAGAUUGGAUGUAAUCAGCUUUAAGAUAUAACUGUGACAUCAGAAGUAUUUUCUGUAUAGAUUUUCUAAUUAAUUAAACCCUUUUAAACUUGACCACAAGUAAAUUUCUCUGUGCUUUUAUCUCUUACACUAUAGAAUUUUACUCAAAAGCAGAAAAUUUGAUGUUAAGGAAUCACUCUAGGUCUUUUGAUGAUUUGAAUUCGGCAUUCAUAUUUGAUAAAACUAACUCGAUAUUCAAAACUCAGAUAAAGUGUAAUGCUAACAAUCAGAUCAACAUUUUACCUCAUAUAUACUAUGCAGAGAAAAAUAACUGAUAUAUUUUUUAAAGCCAUUACAUUUUCUAUCAUUUUUCAUCAGCUUCAUGCAUGUACAAGUAAAUUGUAUGAGAUGGAUGAAAAAGUAGUUCUAGUAAUUUAUGUAAAAUAAAAGUAGUUCUGGUUUUGAUCAGCUGAUUUUCAUACUUAUCAUAUUAACAGAUAUAUUGAAUAUAUCCUUCAUUUUCAUGUCAGAAUGAUAUAUAUUUGCUAAUGUUAUGUUUAUUUUGUAUAAUUGCUUAGUAUAUAGAAAUAAAAUAUAUGUUAAUUAUUUGAGAGUUGCAAUUUCUCGAAUUUGUAUAUUAAUUUUAAAUGUUCAUUUUGAAGCAUAAUAUCAUCAUAAAAGCAUAAUAUUUUAACAUUAUUUUUGUUACACAUCUAGGAAGGAUAUAUGUUGAAAUUUGAAAUUUUAUAUUUGUUGGCCUGUUUGAAAUUGUAAUUGAAUGUAAUUACUACAGAAUAACAAAACAACUCUCUUCAUAGUUUUGGAAUUGUUACAAAUCACAUUUGAAAAAGAAAAAAGUUUUUUUCUUAGUUCAAUCAUUUUUGUGAAAUUAGAAAAUUGAUUAUUUUGACAAUUUAUGUCAGAAAAAAUAUGUCCAGAAGUGUGUUUUUUUAUUGAAUGAUUGAACAUUUUGUUAUGCUCAUUGUUGAAGACCCAAAGUUGCCCUAUAGUUCCUUAAAUCCACAUCAUUUGGGUGAAAGUGGUCUCAUUGGCAAUCAUACCACAUCUUCUUAUUUCAUAUUAAUUAAAAAGUUCAAAAAUUGGUUGCACCUGUGUCCUGCAUUACUAAUGUGAAAAUAAUUAAUUUUAUUUAAAUGUAUGAGUUGGUUUUAAUUUCAUUUUUAAUUUUUGUAUUUUAUUUCAAAAAAGGUAAAAAUCCAAGAAAAAUCUUUAUAAUUUUAAGUGAAUAAAUUUUAAUUAAUGAAAUGGUUACUGUUUUGCUUUUUAAAUUAGUUACUUUUGAAAGUUAAAUUUUAUUUUAUUUUAAUUUUAUUUUAAUGAAAUGAAAUGAGAUCAUGAUGGACAGAAGUAUUUAUGGAAGAUGUGAUUGUGAGUACAUUAUGUUUGUUUUCUAUUAAUGCAUUGUAUUUUGUUAUAGUAUAAUGAACUAAAUACUCCUCAGCAAUAAUCAAAUGCCAUAUACAUAUUGUUUAUAUACAGAUAUUUACAUUUAUACUAAUCAUUAAAAUAAAUAUCAAUAUUUAA